CAAUGUAUAUCUCAACCUGGCUUCCUCGCUCAACCUGAGAGACUUCCUGUGUGGCAAACAGCACUCUGAAACCCCAAACACAAAAGAGACGGCACACGAAUCUGGUGGAUCAUCAUCUCUCAUGCGGAUUACUGGGUUCAGCUCUUCGGGGUUCUGCUCCGCAGCUCAUGGGUGAGAGACGAGGCAAACAUUCACAUAGUGAACCAGUGAAAACAGUCAGAGGCACAACAUCAACCACCGCGGAGACUCAAAAGAGACAAAAACUCUGCUGAAGAACUUUUGUAGCAGCAAAGGAUAGAUAUUCGAUAGCUGUGACUGUCCAACAGGAAGUAGCUGCUGCAAGGCAAGCACAGCAUGAGCAAGUGGUUUUGCUGAAUUGAUGUCUGGAAGGAGGGAGAGAAGACAGUAGACCACGAUUUAUGCGUCAGUACGUUAAAAAGAGCUGCAGGAUUCACCCAGAUUUGGCAUUUCACUAGAACACCAAAACAUUUUAAGAAUUGUUUGUGAAGUAAACAGACCUAAAACAAAAAUGGGCACAAAAGAAGAGUCAGAUUCCAUAUCAUCACCACAGCAUAAAGAGGAAGAAAUGGUGCAGUCUGUUGAGACAAACUGCCCUACCGAGAAAGAAGCUGAGCGAUCAGAAGAUGAAAAUCCACUGAACACCUACCAAUGGCAUAUCGGUGCAAAGUCCGAGGCGGUGGGACAGGGUACGUUUGAUAGGCUAGAGAAAGGAGCUGCAAAUAAAUGGAGUAAAAUGCAGAGCUGGCGGAAAGCUUUGAGUGAAGAUACAGGAGACAAAUCAUCAACAGCACCUCGUGGAGGAGAAAACUCAACAAAAGCAGACAGGCCAACAAGAAAGAACCCUUUCCGCAGGGCCCUGUCAGAGCCGCCAGGGUCGCUGCUCUCCUCUGUACUGUCCCCCUCGUCCUCGGCUGCUGGAACCUCUGAGGCAUCAGGCUCUGCCGCCACCACCGAAGCACCUCAGAAAGGAAAAAUCAGAAAAUACCUGCACCAAGUCUCGCAGAAACUGAAGAGACCACGUCUGCAGACCAGGAACAGCACGCCCAUUAUAGAACAUGAAGCCCUCAGUCCAGAGCCUGUGGUCCCAGAGGCACUGCAGCUGUGCUGGGCCCCCCCUCAGGACAUUCCAGUAUGGGAUGUCAACAACUGUAUUCUGCAGGAUGGACAGAUCCUCAUUCCCCGGGAGGGGGAGCCUAUGUUGCGCACAAGGAACCGGACAAGUAGCUGCCUCUCCAGUCUCAGUCUCCAGAAUCUCAGUGCCUUAGCGGAGCCAUAUCAGAGUCACAUCAAUUUGGAGUGCAGUCCAGACCAUGUGGCCCCUGGCAAUGCUCCUAAGUCAAAAGGCCAAGAUGGAGGAGUAAGGGCAAUGAUCAAGCGCCGUUUACAGAGUGGCGCUCAGAAAAAAUUGAGCAGCACGCAGCUACAUACUGUUGGACUAUCAGCAGCUCCAGGCAUGUUUGGCUCAAGAGAAUCCCUGUCCAUUCCUGUAAGUGCUGCAGAAAGCCUGGAUGUAAGUGCAGACCGCACUACUGUCAUCAGGCCAGUACACAGCUCCAUUCUUGGGGAGAAGUACUGCUUUGAGGUGAUAAACUCAGAGAGCAACCACUGUUUUGGGUGCAAAUCAGCUGCAGAGAGAGACAGAUGGAUCGAGAACUUGAGGCGUGCUGCCCAACCGAAUAAGGACAACUGUGAGCGUACAGAGAACUCCCUUAGUCUGUGGGUAAAUGAAGCCAAAGACCUUCUUCCAAAGAGGCGCUACUACUGUGAAUUGUACCUUGACGGCACGCUAUUUGCUCGCACUACUAGCCGUGCCGUGGGUAAGUCAUCCCACUCAGCAAACCUGGCAGGUGAUGGAGGAGCUGGAGCGAUAGGUGGGGGUCUUGGAGGAAGUGGAACUGCAGGAGGCUGCCACCUCUUUUGGGGAGAGCUAUUUGAGCUCGACAACCUCCCCCACGUCACACAGGUCACUUUGCACCUCUUCCGUGAUGAUGAUCCCAAGAAGAAGCGCCAUUCGAAGGAUGAGUCUAUCCUACAUCCACUGGGCAGUGUGGCUCUGAAUUUAUCAGAUAUAAAAGGACGGGCUUUUCAGGAGAAAUGGUACCCCAUCAUUCCCUACAAACCUCCUGGCACUGGAAGUGCAAAGGACCAGCUGGGACCACAGGCUUCACUUCGCGUAAAGGCCCGAUUCCAGAACUUGAAAGUGCUGCCAAUCGAGAAGUACAAGGAGUUUGCGGAAUACGUAACUGUGGGCUACGGCCGCAUGUGCAGCAGUCUGGAACCCCUUCUUAAUGUCAAGGACAAAGAGGAACUGGCAGGAGCCCUUGUACAUGUGCUUCAAAGCAUAGGGAAGGCAAAAGAGUUCUUGAUUGACCUAGGCAGUGCUGAAGUCCAGCGCUUGGGGGAGAACGAGGCCCUGAUUUUCAGAGAGAACACUCUAGCCACAAAGGCUAUUGAUGAAUACAUGAAGCUGGUUGGGCAGAAGUAUCUCAUUGAUACUCUUGGGAAGUUUAUUGCUCGACUGUAUGCUUCAUCAGAAAGCUGUGAAGUAGACCCUCGGAAAUGCUCCACCUCAGACCUCCCUGUCAAUCAGAAUCAUCUAAAAGAGACAUGUGCUGAAGUAGUGCAGCAGAUCGCUGAGAUGCACAGCUCAUUCCCCGUGGAGCUGAACGAAAUUUUCUCCAGCUGGGUGUCAGACUGUGAGGAACGUAGACGACCAGAAAUUGGACAUCGCCUCAUUUCAGCAUCUCUCUUUCUCCGUUUCCUCUGCCCAGCCAUACUCAGUCCCUCAUUGUUCGGACUUACCCAGCCUUACCCUGAACCAAACACUCUGCGUACACUCACUCUUACAGCAAAGGUCAUACAGAACCUUGCCAACUUCACCUUGUUUGGGGAGAAAGAGGAGUACAUGCUCUUCAUGAAUGACUUCCUGGAGCAGCACUGGGAGCCUAUGAGAGGCUUCCUGCAGCGUGUGUCAAACCCCGAGAGUGAGUUGGACAUGGCGCGGUUUGAUGGCUAUGUGGACCUGCCUUUACGCCUUGCAGUCCUCCAUAGCCUGCAAGUGGAUAUUAUCUCCCCUAUGAAUCAGGAAACAAUAAACAGCCUGCAGCCCCUUCCAUCUAUCUUGAAUCAAAUUACAGAUCAUCUCGGUCCAGAUGCUCCAAGGAUCAAUUGUAGCAAUUUCAGAGCAGGAGAAUCCAAGCCCUCUUAUGUGCCUCCACGAGAUCUGGGCAAGUACAGUCCCCUGAACAAGUCUUUGCAGCACCUACCUACAGAUUCAAAAGUCAACCACGGCAAAGACAGGCAGAGGAAGCAAGUCAAGAGGACACAAAGCGUUCCUGGAUCAGAACGGCGUCAUCACCUGUCUCUGAAGAAACAGAAAAGUACUGAAGACCUGUCCACAAUGACCCCCAUGGCUAUAUCACCACCACAGCCAAGCAUACAUUUUAAAGCCCCACCUGCUCCUGUUCCUUGGAUUAAAGUAAUCAACAAAGAGCCUUAUCAGAUAAAAACAGAAUACGAGGAGACGAGCCUUCUGGACAAGCAUGCACAGGAGUUGUCUGAGCUACGCCUGGGAGUGGAGCAGGUGGCUGAGCGUGAGCUGGAAAUGGCAAAACGGCUGGAGGACUUCAUUAUCCAGAGCCAGGAACAAAACGCUCAGCUGCAGGCAGAGAUACAGGAACUCCGGGGCGUUCUAGCGAUGCGUGAGGAACAGCUUGUCAGUGCAGCCUUCAGACUGGGGGUCAUAGAAGAGGAGCGAGAGGAAGAUGAGAGGAAACUAAGUGUUGCCUUGGUUGCAGCGGAACGGAUGAAUGUCUUGGAAGAGCAAUUUGCUGGCUUGUUGGAAACCAUGCAAAGGCUAAACAAGUCCACUAAUGAAAGCUUGAAAUCAUCAUACAUCAGCACCUAACACGGCAGGAUGAAACACCGCGUCCAGUUCUGCAUGAUGCAAAAGUACCGAAAAAAACAGCUUUAUUACUCAUAUUUUUAGUUUAGUCAAUGCAAAUAUAUAUAUAUAUAUGAGCAUGCCUGUGUUUUUCACACAAUAUUGAAAUUCUGGUCGCAAAAUUACACCGAUUACACAGAAUUACUACACAGUUCAUUCAAAGGAGCUCUGAACACAAGUAUGCAUCUUUCCUAAAGUUAAAUUUACCAUUCCAGUAUGACAAGGACAUGUGUACAAGUACACUCACAAAUAAAACAUUUAACAAAUUUGACCUGAAAUAACUAAAAUAAAUUUAACUAAUGAAAGCCUAUUGGUUGUGUAUUUUUAGUAUUGCUAAAUUAGGCUAUAUUGCCAACAGAAUUGACUGAGAGAUUAAACAUGUUGGAUAGUAA